AUGGCGGCCCCAAAGAUGACCAAGAAUCAAAUGCGCCGAGCAAAGAAGAAGGAGCAGAAGAAAGCCCAGGCAGAGACCACCACGCAGCCCACCGAGACCAACGAUGAGGAGAAGCCGGAAAAUGUAGAAAAUCAGGAGAAGCCCGCUGGGGACCUCGAUGUUAAGAAGGAUGCCGAAACCAGCGUCAAGGCCGAAGCUGAUGGCCCGGUCGACGACAUUUCUCCCGACGACGAUGAGGCGUUUGCGAUGUACAAAGACAUUUUCCAAAAGUUCGGCGCGUCAUUAGAAGAAGACGAAGUUGCCAAGGAAGCCAACGCUGGAAACCAGGGCGAGGUUAUUUGGGACCAGGACGACAUUCCCAGUGAGGAUGAGGAGGCCACAGGACAGACAAAACUGUCCAAGAAGAAGCGAAAACAACUCAACAAACUUUCUAUCGCCGAGUUGAAGGCUUUGGUCAAAAUACCUGACGUCGUUGAAUGGCAAGAUGUUUCUUCGGCCGAUCCGCGAUUGUUGGUGCAGAUCAAGGCGCAAAGGAAUGUUGUACCUGUGCCGGGCCAUUGGCAGCUUAAGCGAGAAUACCUAUCUUCAAAGAGAGGUAUCGAGAAGCCGCCUUUCAGACUCCCUAAAUUCAUUGCCGAGACUGGUAUCACGGAGAUGCGUGACGCAGUUCUCGAGAAGCAAGAACAGCAGUCAUUGAAGCAGAAACAACGCGAGCGAGUUGCUCCCAAGAUGGGCAAACUGGAUAUAGAUUACCAGAAACUCUACGACGCGUUCUUCCGUUUCCAGACCAAGCCGGAGCUCACUCGCUUUGGUGAGGUGUACUACGAGGGCAAGGAGAGUGAAGUUGACUUUCAACACUUCAGACCCGGUGAGCUCAGCGAGGCCACCAAGGAAGCUUUGGGCAUGCCACCGGGUGCCCCUCCACCAUGGCUCAUCAACCAGCAGCGCUUUGGUCCUCCUCCGUCAUAUCCUACCCUCAAGAUUCCUGGUCUCAACGCGCCGCCACCACCAGGUGGCUCUUGGGGCUUCCACCCGGGCGGCUGGGGUAAGCCUCCAGUAGACGAGUUCAACAGGCCGCUGUACGGCGGAGACGUAUUCGGUCUCACGAACCAACCCGGCGCUCCUGCACAACAACAAGUUGCUCAACCCCUUGCUACGGGCGAGCCCGUCGAGAAGACACUUUGGGGUGAGCUUCAACCGCGUGAUGAGGAGUCCGAGGAGGAAGAAUCAGAGGAAGAGUCAGACGACGAGGAGGAGGAAGAUGAGGAUGCGGCCGCCGGUCUGCAAUCACCGAGCGGUAUUGAGACCUCCGGCGGUAUGGUUUCUUCCGUACCGACAGACUACCCAGGUCAUGGUGUCGAGACAUCAGUGGCGGGCGAGAUGGAUCUACGGAAGCAACGGCGUGGCUACGACACAGAGGAGAGCUCGCACCCCCGGUCUGCCUACCAAGUCAUCCCCGAGCGCCAGCAGCGCACCGAGGGAUUCUUUGGCAGCGACAGGGUAUACGACCUCAAGGGUAGCAACAUGCCGGUACUGGGCCAGGAAGACGACAGCCGCAAGCGCAAGAAGCCCGGUGAUGUCGACGUCGCGAUCGACGUCGACUCUUUGCAGCAGAACGACGGUCUCAGCAAGGACGAGGUGCGCAGGCGAUUCGAGGAGGGCAAGCGCGAGGAUGGUAUCGGCGCCAAGUGGGCGUACGAGGAGGAUCUGUCCGAGAUGAUUGCGCAGGAGUCGAGGAAGCGACAGAAGGUUGAUGAGAAGCGCAACAAGGAGAAGAAGGAGAGCAAGUACAGAUUUUAA